GUGCUCUUCGCGACCCCCGACAAGAUUCUUGAGGGAACCGGCGGGGCUCCGGAUGAGCUGGAGCAGUUGAGGGCGGAACUCGCCCUUGUCAAAGCCAAGAAUGCCGAGCUCGAGGAAGCCCUGAAGGGUGUCAUUUCAGGUGGUUCGGAAAGCCGCGAACCAGAGGAUUCUGAGGAGGAGGGAGAAGAGCUUUCCAAGGAAGCUCAACGUAAGAAGCUGUGGCGCAUGUGCAAGAAGGAUGCACUGGG